GUGAGCACAUCCAAGUUGGCCCAGAAACCAAUCUCAGCAGCACCUUCAAGCAAACUUAAAAAGGAUGAAAAUAACAAAAAAGUAAUGGAGACAAGAAAAGCUGCGGCAUCCAAAAGUCAGACCAAAAGAGAGAAAGAUAAUGAAAUAAAGAGUGUUCCAAGAAAAGUUGUUUCUGGAAAAUCUAAAAUUAAAACUUCUGAAAUUAAAGACAAUGAGAGCGGACAGGUCAAUGAACAAAGUGUGGCAGAAAAAGUAAGUGAAGCAAUUGCCUGCGGAAUUAUUGACAACAGUCGUGUUGUUAAAGAUGAAGAUGAAGAUAAGGAAUCAGUAGUUGAGAAAGAUCAGAUAGAAGAAAUGGAAACCUCAGUUAACCAGGAUAACAUUGGAAAGGAGUUCCAAAGAGAUGAAGAUGAUCUAGAGAUUGAACUCCAGCAGAUUGCUGGGGAGGAGGAUCAGCAAGAUGAGCCUCCAGUUCCAGAUAUUGGAGAUAAAAUGAACAAUGAAGAGCUCAUUGAAACUAAUCUAAACCUUCAGCUCAGAGAUGAUGCAAGGAUGAAUAUUAUAGCAGAGCAGAAUAAUUUAGUAAAGAUGACUUUCAACCAUGUAAAAACUCCUGAUGAAGUUGAUGACCUUCCUGAACACGAAGUUGCAGCAUUGCAUGAUGACCUAAUUGAGAAGUAUACAGAUGAGACAGUAGAGCAGGAAAAGGAGAGUGCUCUCCCUACUGGAAUUGAUGAAGAAGAAGAUGAAAAAGAUAACAAAGAUAUUGCUCAGGAAGAGGAGGAGAAGAAGGCUAACCAGGUAAUAGUGCAAGAUAUUGAGGAAAAAGAUUUUGAAACGGAAAAGGAAAAAUGCACUAUCUCUGAAGAAAAUGAAAAAGAGGAAGAAAGCAAAAUUGCAAAAGAUGAAAAUGAAAAAGAGCAGACUGAUAAAGUUUCAAAGGACAAAGAUGAAGAUGAAAUAAAAGAAGUAUGUAAUGAGAAGGAAGGUGAAGCAGAAGUAGAAGAAAUUGGAACAAUUGAUAAUCUAACAGAUUACGAACAUAAGGAACCUAAAGAAAUUAUAGAGAAUGAUGAUGAAAAAGAGUAUUUAGUGAAUGAGGAAAUUUGCAAAAAAAUAAAUGAAGAUUUGAAAGAAUCUUCAAUGGAAAAGGUGGAAGCUGAGGUUGACACUAAGAAUUCGGAAAAAGAGAAUUCAGAAGAAAAUGAAAAGGAUGUUAACACCAUUGAAGAUUUUGAGUGUUUACCACUUCCAGAGAAGCUUUCUCCUCUUGAUAAAUCAGAAGGCUCAGUUGAAGCUGUAAGAGACAAUGAAAUCCUGAUGGUGAACGUAGAGCAAAAAAUCCAGGUGUCUCCUAUUACAGAAUGUGAGAAUGGAGUUGAUAAUUUAGCUUUUGAUGAUGUGGAUGCAUCGCCAUUAGCUGUAGAAUCAACUGUACAGAAUGAAGAAUCAGAAUUUAAUCAGAAACAAGAAAUAAAUGCUCCACGGACUUUAGGAGAACAAAUUGCUAAUAUUUCACUUGUAAAAAAUCAGGAUGAAGAAAAUAGAAACUUAGCAGAACAUGAGGAGAAAGAAAUUGCAGAAAAAGACAUAUCUAAGGGAACAGAUAUUGCAGUUGAAAUCAAAUCAGAUUAUGAUACCAAGGCAAGUGUAGCAAACUUGGAUGUCAAUACAAAUGUAACAAAUGCGAGCAACCCUGAAUGCGUAGACAAGUUGGAUAUGGACAAUUCUGAAAAUAAAAAAGAUGAAGAAGCCACUGUAGAUAAUGCACAUGCAAAUACUACUGCUAAUGAAGUAAAUAUGAAUUCUACCACUGCUGAAGAUGUUGAAAAUACCAUCAAUCUAGAAUAUGUGGAUAUUACAACCGAUAGAGCAUAUGUGGAUACUACUUCAGAUAAAGCAGAUGUGGAUACUAAUGCAGAUACAGCAGAUGUUGAUACCAUUGCAGAUACAGCAGAUGUGGAAACUACUUCUGAUACAGCACCUGUGGAUACUACUGCUGAUACAGCAGAUGUUGAUACUAUUGCAGAUACAGCAGAUGUGGAAACUACUUCUGAUACAGCACCUGUGGAUACUACUGCUGAUACAGCAGAUAAUAAUACCAUUGCAGAUAAAACAGAUGUAGAUACAACUGCUGAUACAGCCCCUGUGAAUACUACUUCUGACACAGCACCUGUGGAUACUACUACUGAUACAGCAGAUGUUGAUACCAUUGCAGAUACAGCAGAUGUGGAAACUACUUCUGAUACAGCACCUGUGGAUACUACUGCUGAUACAGCAGAUACUAAUACAAUUUCAGAUAAAACAGAUGUAGAUACUACUGCUGAUACAGCCCCUGUGAAUACUACUUCUGAUACAGUUCCUGUGAAUACUACUACUGAUACAGAAGAUGUUGAUACCUUUGUAGAUACAGCAGAUGUGGACACUAGAGCUGAUACAACAGAUAUUAAUGCUGAUGUAGCACCUAUGAAAAAUGCUGAUGAUACAGCAGAUAUGGAUACUACUGCUGAUACAGCUGAUGUGGAUACUACUGAUGAUACAGAAGAUGUGGAUACUACUCCUGAUACAGUAGCUGCGGAUACUGCUGCUGUCACAGCGGAUUUGGAUACUAAUGCUGAUACAGCAGAUGUGGAUACUACUGCUGAUACAGCAGAUGUGGAUACUACUGCUGAUACAGCAGAUGUGGAUACUACUGCUGAUACAGCAGAUGUGGAUACUGCUGCUGAUACAGUAGCUGUAGAUACUAAUGCUGAUUCAGCACCUGUGGAUACUGCUGCUGAUAUGGUAGUUGUGGAUACUACUGCCAAUUCAGCAGAUGUUGAUAAUACUGCUGAUACAGCCAUUAUGGAUACUGUUGCUGAUAGAGAAGAUUUGAAUACUAUUGCUGAUACAACAGAUGUGGAUACUACUGCUGAUACUGCAGAUGUGGAUACUGUUGCUGACACAGCAGAUGUGGAUACUACUUCUGAUAUUGUAGCUGUGAAUACUUCUCCUGAUACCUUAGCUGUGGAUACCACUGCUAUUACAGCAAAUGUCUAUACAAUGGGUGAUACAUUAGAUGCAGAUACUACCGCUGAUAAAACAGAUUCUCAUGGUACUGAAGAUACAGAAGAUCUGAUAACUGUUGCAGAAAAAGAAAAUGUAGAUAAUACUGCAGAUAAAGUGGAUUCGGAUACUGCUGCUGAUAAAGCAGAUGUUGAUAUAACUUCAAAUAAAGCAGAUGUGGAUACUUCUGCAGAUAAAGCAAAUGUAAAAACUACUGCUAAUGUUAAUACAGAAGAUGUCCAUACUGAUGCUAAAAGAGCAGAUACAGAAUAUACUGAAGAGGAAGAAGAUGUGGAUACUACCACAGAAAACACAGAUGUGGAAACUACUGAAGACAAGGCAGACAUAAAUACUACUGCAGACAAAGCAGAUGUGGAAACUCUUGUAAAUAAAUCAGAUAUGGAAACUGCUGCAGAUAAAACAGAUGUUGGCUCUAAUGUAGAUGUACAAGAUAUUGAUACUACUUCAAUCAAAACAGAAGUGGAUAAUACGGCAGAUAAAGCAGAAGUUGAUACUACUGAAGAUAAAGCAGACAUGGAUGUAACUGCUGAUAAAACAGAUGUGGAUACAACUGCAGAUAAGGCAGAAGUGAUUACUACUGCAGAUAAAGCAGAAGUGGAUACUACUGCAGAUAAAUUAGAAGUAGAUAGUACUGCAGAUAAAGCAGAAGUUGAUACUUCUGCAGAUAAAGUAGACAUGGAUAUAACUGCUGAUAAAACAGAUGUGGAUACAACUGCAGAUAAGGCAGAAGUGGAUACUACUGCAGAUAAAGCAGAAGUGGAUACUACUGCAGAUAAAUUAGAAGUAGAUAGUACUGCAGAUAAAACAGAAGUGGAUACUACUGAAGAUACAGCAGAAGAGGAUACUACUUCAGAUAAAGCAGAUGUGGAUACAACUACAGAUAAAGCAGAAGAGGAUAAUACUUCAGAUGAAGCAGGUGUGAAUACUCCUGCAGAUAAAGUAGAUGUGGAUACAACUGCAGAUAAAUUAGAUGAGAAUGCUACUGCAGAUAAAGCAGAUGUGGAAACUACUGCAGAUAAAGCAGAAGAGAAUACUUCUUCAGAUAAAGCAGGUGUGGAUAUUACUGCAGAUAAAGCAGAUGUGGAUAAUAUUACAGAUAAAGAAGAUGGGGAUACUGUUGCUGAUAAAGCAGAAGAGGAUACUACAGCAGAUAAAGCAGAUGAGGAUACAACUGCAGAUAAAGCAGAAGAGGAUAUUACUGCACAUGAAGCAGGUGUGAAUACUCCUGCAGAUAAAGUAGAUGUGGAUACAACUGCAGAUAAAUUAGAUGAGGAUACAACUGCAGAUAAAGCAGAUGUGGAUACAACUGCCGAUAAAGCAGAAGAGGAUACUACUGCAGAUAAAGCAGAUGUGGAUACUACUGUAAAUAAAGCAGAUGUGGAUAAUAUUACAGAUAAAGCAGAAGUUGAUACUUCUGCAGAUAAAGUAGACAUGGAUAUAACUGCUGAUAAAACAGAAGAGGAUACUACUGCAGAUAAAGCAGAUGUAGAUACAACUGCAGAUAAAGCAGAAGAGGAUAUCACUGGACAUGAAGCAGGUGUAGAUACUACUGCAGAUAAAGCAGAUGUGGAUAAUAUUACAGAUAAAGAAGAUGGGGAUACUGUUGCUGUAAAUAAUGCAAAUAUGGAUACAGCAGUAGAUAAAGCAGAUAAUGAUAUGGAUAAUGCAGAUACUGCCUCAAACAAAACAGAUGUAGAAACUACUGCAGAUAAUUCAGAUGUAAUUUCUUCUGCCGAUGUUGUUACUACUGGAGAUGAAGAAAAGGAGAACUCUUUUGCAGAUAAAGCAGAUUCUACUAUGGAUACAGUAGAUGUGGAUACUACUGCAGAUAAAGCAAAUGUAAAUAAUACUGCAACAAAACCAGAUGUGACUGUGGAAAGUGCUGAUUUAUUAGAAAAUGUUGAUUCUUCUGUAGAUACAGCAUAUGUGGAUACUGUUACAAAUCAAACUGAUUUGAAAACCAUAGCAGAUAAAUCAUAUAUGGAAACUGCUGCAGAUAAAAUAGAUGUGGAUACGGCAGCAUUUGAAUCAGAAAAGGAUACUAAAGCAGACAUGGAAAAUGCUACAGUUAAAGUAAAGUUAGGCAGUAAUGCACAUGCAGAAGAUGUGGAUACUCUUGCAGAAAAAGAAGAUGUGGAAUAUUCUGCAGAUGCUCCUGCAGUUAAAGCAGUUGUGAAAACUGUUACUGUUACAUCAGGUAUAGAUACUGUUGCAGAUAAAUCAGAUGUGGGUACUACUGAAGAUGGAGCAGAUGUGGAAACUACUUCAAAUAAAACAGUUUCUGAUACUCAUGCAAUUUUAUCAGAAGUAGAUGCUGCUGCAGUUACAUCAGAAAAUAAUACUGUUAAAGUUGAAGCAGAUAUGGAUACUUCUGCAGACAAAGUAGUUGUGAAUAUUACUACAGAUAAAGCGGAAACUGCUGUAAUUAAAGUAGUUGUGGAUACCACUGCUGACACAGCAGACGCUGACAUUAAUGCUGACACAGCAGAUGUUGAUACUACUGCUGACACAGCAGAUGUUCAUAGCACUGCAGAUAAAGCAGAUGUUCAUAGUACUGAAACUGAUAUAGAAACUUCUGCUGAUAAAGAACAUAAUGAUGCUAGUUCAGAUAGAGAAUAUGUGGAUUCUAAUGCAGAUAGAGCAAAUGUUGAUACUACUGCAUGCAAAGCAGAUGUGGACAGUGGUUCAAUUAAAGCAGAUGUGGUUAUCGAUGCGGUUACAUUAGAUAUGGAUACAGUUGCAGAUGAACCAGAUCUGGAGACUGUUCCAGACAAAGCAGAUGUAGAAACUUCUGCAGAAAAAGAAAUUGCGGAGGAUAAUAGUGCAGACAAAGUAGAUGUUAAUACUAGCGGAGACAAAGGAGAUUUGGAUACUAGUGCAGAAAAAGAAAUUGUGAAGGAUAAUAGUGCAGACAAAGCAGAUUUGGAUAUUAGUGCAGAUAAAGCAGGUACAGAUACAGCAGAUGUUCAUAUUCCUAUAGAAGAUGUGGAUAUCAUUGCAACUAAAGAAGAUGUGGACACUACUACAGAUACAGCAGAUGUAAAUGCUACUGCAGAGAAAGCAGACGGGGAUAAUGUUGCAAUUAAAGCAGUUGCAGAGGUUAAUAUUACCUCAGAUAAAGCAGAUACUACUGCAGUUACUGCAGAUGUAAAUACUACUCUAGAAGUGAAUACUACUGGAGAUGAACAAGACCUUGACAGUACUGCAGAUAGAGAAGAUGUUGAUACCACUGAAGUAGAUGUGGAUAUUUCAGCAGUUACAAAUGGUAUGGAUGUAAAUACUGCUGAAAUUAAAGCAAAUGUGGAAUAUAUUGUAGUUUCAAGAAAUGAGGCUACAACUGUAGGCAAAGUAGAUAUGGAUACCCCUGCAUACACAGCAGAUGUGGAUACUACUGCACAGAAAGUAGAUGUUGAUAUUUCAAAUACAUCUGACAUAAAAACUGCUGCAGAUAAAAAAGAUCUAAAAACUAUUACAGAUGAAGCAGAUGAGGAUAUUGUCGCAGACAAAGCAGAUGUGGAAUCUUCUGAAGACAAAGAAGAUGUUGAUACUAGUUCAAUUACACAAGAGGUGGAUACUACUGCAGAUACAGCAGAUGUGGAAACCCUUGCAGACAAAGAAAAUGUUGAUACCAGUGGAGUUACAGCAGAGGGGGAUACCAUUGCAGAUACAGCAGAUGUGGAGACUUCUGCAAACAAAGAAGAUUUUGAUACUAGUGCAGUUACAGCAGAUAUUAAUACUACUACAGAUAAAGUAGAUGUUGAUACCAGUGCAGAUAUGGAAACUGCUGCAGAUAUAACAGAUAUUGGCUCUAAUGUAGAUGUACAAGAUGUUGAUACUAUUUCAAUCAAAACAGAAGUGGAUACUACUGCAGAUAAAGCAGAAGUGGUUACUACUGCAGAUAAAGCAGAUGUGGAUACUGUUGUGAGUGAAACAGAUGCUGACACUUAUGCAGAUAAAACAGAUUUCAACACUACUUUAGACAAGACAGGUGUGGAUACUUCUGAAAAUAAAGCAGAUGUGGAUACUAGUGCAGAGAAAGAAGAUGAAGAUACUUCUGAAAAUACAAAAGAUAUAAGAACUACUGCAGAUAAAUCAGAUAAGGAUACUGCUUCAGAUGGAUCAGAAGUGGAAACUGUUGAGGUGAAUUCUUCUGUAGAUACUGGAGUUGCAGAUUCUAAUUCAUUAGAAGAUGAUACUUUGGCAGUUAUGAAAGAUAUGGAUAAUACUUUAGUUGCUGAAAAUACAUUUACUAGUGCAGAUGUGGAAACUACUGCCAAUAAAGAAGGUGUAGAUACUGCUUUAGAUAUGGGUAAUCUGGAUACUGCUGCAUGUACAACUGGUGUGGAUACUGCUGCAGAUAUGGGUAAUCUGGAUACUGCUGCAUGUACAACUGGUGUGGAUACUGCUGCAGAUAAUACAGUGAAGCAAGCAGAUGUGGAUUCUACUGAAGAUAAUGAGGAAGUGGAUACUACUGGAAAUAAAACUGUUUUGGACACUAGUGCAGAUAAAGCAGAUAUAGAAACUAUCAAAGAUGAAGCAGAUGUAUAUACUGUUGCAGAGAAAUUAGAUGUGGAUACCACCACAGAGAAAGCUGAUGUGGAAACUACUGCAGAUAAAACCAAUGUAAAUAUUUCUUUAGAUAAAACAGAUGUGGAUACUUCUGCCAAGAGAACAGAUGUGGAUGCAACUGAAAGUCAUAAGGAUGUUGAAAUGACUGUUAUUAAUACUAAAGCACACACGGCAGAUGCUGCACCCUGUGCAGAAAAGACAGAUAAGGACAUUUCUAAAGAAUUAGCAGAUUUAGAUACUGAUAUAAACACAACAGCCACUACUGUCACUACAAAAGAAGUGGAUACCAUUGCAGGUACUACAGAAAUUGCUAAAUCAGAAGAUACAGAAGAUGUGAGCACUACUGCUGACAAAAAAGAUGUGGUAAAAAGUGUAGAUAAAUUAGAUGUGAAUAAUACUGCAGAUAAAGCAAAGGUUGAUACUUCUACAGAUAAGGCAGAUGUUGAUACUACUGUGAAUAAAGUGGAUGUUGAUACUACUGCACAUACAGGAAAAGUAAAUACAACUGGAGAUAAAUCAGAUAUGGACAUGAGUUCAAGGAUUUCAGAUGAUACAAUUGCAUAUCAAGUAGAUGAGAUGCCCACAGAUGAAGUAGAUGAGAUUAUCAGAUCUGAAGAAAAUCCUAUCAUUGAAGUUAUAGAAAUAGACACUACUAUAGAUGUAGCACACAUGAAUAUUGAUUUAGCAGAAAAAACUAUAGAUUUAGUUGGAAAGACUACAUCUGAUGAAGCCAUCAUUUCCAUGCAUGUAGUAGAUAAUACUGAGGAUGUUGCAAACAAGGCAACAAUUGAGGGAGGCAAGAGGAACAAUGUGUUAGAUGUGAUUGCAGAUGAAGAACACAAAAGUGCAGAUGAAGCUGACAAGAGCACAGAUGAGGAGCAUAGGGCUACAAGUACAGGACAAAAUACAGCCAAUGAUUUUGCAGAUUUAGAAGACAAAACAUCAUUGAGGACAGUCAAAAGUGAAGACAGAUUAGACUUGAUUACAGAUGACACAAAUAUGAGUGCAAAUAUAACAGAAAGAGUUGUGGAUGUAAUGGACAAGAAAAAAGACAUAGAAGACAAGUCUUCAGAUGUGCCAGACAGUGCAAAUGUAGAAGACAAAGCUAAUGAUCAAAAAGAAAACACUACAGAAGAAUCAAACAAGACCACCAAUGUAGCAGAAACAUUUGCUAAAGAAGAAGCAGAUGUUACUGACAAGUCUCUAGAUGUAGAAGUUCCAGAUACAGAAGAGAAAAAUGCAUAUGAAACAAUUAAUAUUGCAGAUGUAGCAAGCAAAACUACAGAUAAGGUAGAUAUGAUUGCAGCCCUAGAAGACCAGAUUUCACAUACUGGGGACAAGUCUACAGAUGUAACAGAAAAGACAGAGAGAACUUCAGAAGCAAUCAAUAACAUUUCACAUUCAGCAGACAAGACUGCAUAUGUAGCAGAGGAGUCUUUAAAAGUAGUUGAUAACACUUUACAUUCUGCAGACAAAACUGAAGCUGUAGCAGAGGACACUUCAGAAGCAGUUAAAAACUCUUUACAUUCGGCAGACACGACUGCAGAUGUAAUAGAGGACACUUCUGAAGUUGUUGAUAACACUUUACAUUUGCCAGACAAGACUUCAAAUGUAGCAAAGGACACUUCAGAAGUAGUUGAUAACACUUUAUAUUCAGCAGACAAGAAUGAAGAUGUAGCAGAUGAGACUUCAAAAGUAGUUAAUAACACUUUUACUUCAGCCGACAAGAAUGCAGAUAAAGCUGAGAAGUCUUUAGAAGCAGAUACUUUAUAUUCAGAAGACAAAACUGCAAAUAAAGAAGAGGAGUCUACUGAAGUAGUUGAUAACACUUUACAUUCAGCAGAUAAGGCUGCAGAUGUGGCAGAGGAGACCUCAGAAGCAGUUGAUAACACUUUACAUUCAGUAAUCAAGACAGCAGAUAUAGCAGAAGAGUCUACUGAAGUAAUUGAUAAUACUUUACAUUCAACAGACAAGACUACUGAUGAAGCAGAUGAGUCUUCAGAAAUAGUUGAUAACACUUUAUAUUCAGCAGACAAAACUGCAGAUGUAAAAGAUGACACUUCAGAUGCCAUUGAUAACACUUUGCAUUUAGCAGACAAGACUACAGAUCUAGCAGAGGAGACUUCUGAAGUAGUUGACAACACUUUACAUUUGGCAGACAAGAAUUCAGAUAAAGCAGAGAAGUCUACUGAAGUAGUUGAUAACACUUUAUAUUCAGCAGACAAAACUGCAGAUGUAAAAGAUGACACUUCAGAUGCAGUUGAUAACACUUUGAAUUUAGCAGACAAGACUACAGAUCUAGCAGAGGAGACUUCUGAAGUAGUUGAUAACACUAUACAUUCAGCAGACAAGAAUGAAGAUGUAGCAGAGGAGUCUACUGAAGUAGUUGAUGACACUUUACUUUCAGCAGACAAAACUGCAGAUAAACCAGAGGAGUCUACUGAAGUAGUUAAUGACACUUUACAUUCAGCAGACAAAACUGCAGAUGUAGCAGAGGAGACUUCAGAAGUAGUAAAUAACAAUUUACAUUCAGCAGACAAGACUGCAGAUAUUGCAGAGGAGACUUCAGAGGAAGUUAUUAAGAUUAUGCAUACAGCUGAAAAACCAGAAAAUGUUGCUGAUAAUUCUGAUAAAAUUGACAAUUACGGAGUUGCAUUAGAGGAAUCUGUUGAUGAAGAUAACCAUAUUGUUGCAGAUGAAGUAGACAACACUGAAGAAAGAACAGACAAAACAGCAGAUAUAUCAGAUAACACAGCAGAUAAAGAAAAUGAAUCUGUUAAUGUAUUCGUCAAUUCUGCUGAAGAUGUAACAAAUAACACUGCAGAUAAAACACACAAGCUGACAAAAGAUGAAGAAAAAUGUUUAGAUGUUUCCCCUCAAUCUUCAGAGGAAAAAAACAAGACUAUAAAUGAAACAAACAUGUAUUCAGAUGAAGAAAACAAAGGUGUUGAGGUAACAGACAAAAGUGUUGAUGAAGCGGACAAGAUAGCAGAAAAAACUGCAGUUGUAGUUGACCAGACUUCAAGUGAAGCACAAAAGGCAAAGUAUGAGGUAGAAGCAGACAAGCCUACAGAUUUUGAAGAUAUGGCUGCAUAUAAAGAAAAGAGUGCAGAUGAAGGGGAUAAAUCUACAGACAAAGCUGAAAAAAAAUUCAAUAAUGAAAAUUUAGAUUAUCUUAAAGCAGAUCAAUCUGAAAGUUCAGUCACAUAUGAAACCAAUGGAAAAGCUAUAGACAUUGCUGCAGACUUGAAAAAGAAGGAAAAAGAUGGAGCAGACAAAUCUGAAGAUACAGAAGACAAGGAAACAGAGAACAUAUGCAAAUCUGCAGACAUUACAGCUGAGGAAGUAGAUGAGGCAGACAAAUCUGAAGUCAUAAAAGAAAAGGAAACUGAUGACUCCAACAACUUUCAGGAAGAAGGAUUUUUUUCUGACAUAAAAGACAACAAGAUACCAACAGAAGAAAAUGAAAAUGAUAAAGUAGAGCAUUCCUUAAUCUUAUCAAAUGAGACUGCAGAUUUAGCUGGAGUACUCACUGUUUCAGAUACAGAAGGAAAAACUAUAGUUGAAGAUGACAAGGAUUCAGCUAAAACUUUAGAUGCUGCACAAAUAACUCCAGAUGAGGCAUUUCAGUCUUUGAAUACUUCAGAGGAAGUUGAAACAGUCAAGGAGUCAGACAAAGAAAGCAAGCUAAUUGAAACAGUGGGAGAGAUUGAAAAUAUUAGGAAUCAUGAAGAGUUUGAAAAAUCUGGCAUUUUAGAUGUAUAUUCAGUUGAAUCUAUGGAGUCCUUGACAGCAGAUUCAGUUGACAAUUCAAUGGAUUCAAAAGCUGAAGUAUCAAAGAUGGAUCAAGAUAAUAUUAAUAGAAAUAAUGAAGAAGCAGUAGAAAAUCCCAAAGACACUGCAGUAGAAGAACUUGUUUUCCCAGCAAUGGAGAGUUCUGAAACUAUUGUAGAAAGUGCUACAGUGAGAUCUGAUGUGGAUGUAGUUGACCAAGCUGCAGAGAUGUUGGAUGGAAAAUCAGAGGUCAAUUCUGCAGUUACAUUUAAUGGCAAAGAAGCUGAUAAUUUUGAAGCAGCAACUCAUGAAGCAACUGAAGUAGAUAAAUCUGAAGACACAAAAAAUCUGAUAUCUGAUGAUUCAGUAGCAGAUACUAAAUCAGAUAGAGAUGAAUUCCCUGCUGUUGAAAAACCUGAAGAUUCUCCAACUAAUAAAUCCGUAGACUUUUCAACAGAUAUAUCUGUAAAUAUUGUAACAGAUAAAAAUAUUGAUACGGCAACAGAUGAAUCUGAUAAUGACAAAUCUGCAGCAGAUGAAGAUACAGGCAAUACAACCGAAUCCACCGCUACUGAAGCCUUGGCAGAUGAAAAGCCCAAAGAAACUGCAUUAGAUGACAGUUUGGACAUGGUAGUUGAUAUCACUGUAGUUGGCAAAACUGAAGUCUUUUCAGAUGAUAAAUCUAAAGACACUGCAAUUGAUGAUAUUUUGGACACUGCACCUAUCAAAUUUGAAGAAAAUACAGCUGAGACAUCUGAAGCCAUAGCAGCUAUAAAAACAGAAGACAUUGCAGUUGAAAGACAUACAGUUACAUUUCAAAACACACAAGAAGCAACACUAUCUGAAAUUAUGACAGAAAUUGAAAAUGUAGAAGUCUCAGGUACAACAUCAGUUGUUACAUCAGAGAUAUCAAAAGAAAUUGGUUCAGAAAAAGAUGAUGACAAUGUUUCAUUUAAAUUAGAGGAAACUUCUUCAGAAAAGGUUGAGGAACUUGUAGUAGAAAAAUCAGUGAGAUUUGAAGACACUACUUUAAAAGAAAAGGAAAACACUACUGUAAUGAAAUCUGAAGACACCAAAGCAGAAAAAAAAGAGAAAACUGUCACUGAGAAGUCUGAGGAUACUGCGAUACACAAGAGAGCAGUUAUAUCUCAGGAAAUUGUAACAGAAAAAUCUAAUGUGCUAAGUGAAGACACUACAGCAAAAGAAUUUGAUGCUGUAGCAGAAAAAUCAGAUGUUGCAGCAGAAAAAUCUAAUGUUGUGGCAGUAAACUCAGAUAUUGAAGAAGAAAAAUCAGAUGUUGUAGCCGAUAUAUCUGAGGAUGGUGAAGCUAAAUCUAAUGACAAUGUAGAAAAGACAUUAGAAGACACUGCAGUAGUAAUAUCCGAUGAUAAAUAUCUUGAAAAAAGAUCUCUCCUUACUCAUUCAGAGGUUACUAUUGAAAUAACAGAGCCAGAGAAAGAGGAUCCUGAAUUAGCAGAUCAGUCUCUUUAUGAUGAAAAUGAGAUAGAAGCAGUGACUGAUGAAGACUACAACAGCCACACAAAAAAUGAUACUGAAAGCAAAAUUCCAGACAAUAUGGUCACAGAAAUAGCAUCUGAGGAAACUUUUGACUCAAACCAAACAAGUCCAACCUCUGAGCAUAAGAAAGAUGUCAAAGAUGAAUAUUUAGUGAAUGAAGAAGUAAACAAAAUUUCUUCAGAAAAUAUCCCAGCUGGUGAAGGAAGUCUGGUAAAAGAAGAAAACAUUUCUUCUGAAGAAAAGUCUAACUUGGCACAAGAUUCUAUGUCAAAGGAAAAUGAAGUGGAAAAAGAGGAAAGGAUUUUUCAAAAUACAAAAAAGAAAACUAUGGUUGAGGAAGAAAUGAAAGAAAACAAUUUUGAAGUAAAGGGAAAUAACAACAAAGAACCAGAUCACGAUUCCAAUUUCAAUUCCAAAGAGGAUGACUUACAUCUAAUAUCUGAAGAAGAAACAGCUAAUGAGAUUCUUAAAACAACUGAUACUUCUGAAAUAGCAUCAAAUAUUGAAGAGAUUGAUAAAGUUUUGGAAGUAGAGAAUUCUGAAUUUGGAAAGGAAUCUGAAGAAGACAAAAAAGAGUGCAUUUUAACAGAAGACAUGAAGGAUAAUGAUUUAGGAAAUAAUUCAGACUUUGCAAAAGAGACAGUCAAGGAAGUUAUCAAAGCUGUUGUGCUUAAUGAGACAAUAUUUGGGUCAACAUUUACAUUUAAUCAAGAAGAGAGCACUGAUGAGGGGCCAGUUCUGAGUUCAAAUUCAGUAGAGAAGAAAUCUGCAGAGAUUUCAACAGAUGUACCUGCUGAAGACAAGGAUAAUGAAGCAACAGAUUCGGUCCAAAAUUCCCAAAUUGAUUCAGAUGAAGAGGGUUUGCUGCCCCGCAGAAAAAGUUGCCUGGUAAAUGGUAAAAAUCAAGAGGAAUCCCCUGAAGAACAAAACAUAAUAGGUGAUUCUCAGAAUGGUUAUAGCAAUGAAGAAACAAAAGAAAUGAAGGAAAUUCAUUUUGAAUACAAGCAGGAAAUUUUGGAAGGAGCUGUUGGUAUAGAAACUAUCAUUACCAACCUUGUGACUGUCCUAGAAGAAUUAAGGAAGUCAAUUAAUUCUCAGAAUAGCUUAAACAUUAUGAAGGAAGAACUGAUUGCAUUACAGGAAGCAUCUAACAAGGUUUCUGAUAAAUCUGAUCACAAAUCUGUUGAUCAAGAUUAUGCAGUUGAACUCAGUCUGGAGCUACAUAUUAUAUUAGAAAAGGUUCAAAAGCUGACUCAAGAGAUGAUGCUGAUGAGUAAAGAUUUGACCUCUACUGGUGAGAAAGCAGAAGAACUCUCAAAUCUUCUUGUUAAUUGUAAGAAGAUUGGAAGCAGUCUCAACUCUCACAUAUUGAUACAGGAUAGAACAAAAACACCUCCGUCAUCCCCAGAAUUUAAAGGAAAGGCUAUGCAGGAAGCAGUUGCAGCACAGGAUCCUAUUUUGUCCUUUGUUUCGCACAUUGUGACAUCCACAGCUGAGGUUUUAGAUAAUGAUUCUCCUCAUGAUGAUAUUAUUGAUUUAGUUGAAACAUCUCAAUUCAAAGAAAAUAUUCAGUCCACAACCCCACAGGAAGAUUACCCCGCUCUUGAGAAAAUUGGUGGAUCAGAGGAAGAAAAUAAAGGAAUUUUCCGAUCCAUUAAACAGAAAGUGUCCAGUGCAUUCUCUAAAUCUGAGGAUGUGGAGCAGGUUGAAGAACCUGAGAUUCAGCCUCCAUCUGAAGAAUCUAAAGAGAAUAAUGAUCCUCCACCUUCGGGAUUCCUGUCUAGCAUUAAGCAAAGAGUUGGUGGAUUCUUCUAUUCUCAGCCUAAAUCAGAAGAUGAACAAGAAGUUGAAGAACAAAUAGAAAAUGAGGAAGACGAGGAAAAUGAUCUAGAACAUAAAAUAGCUACUCCCCUGCCAGUUGAAAAUAUUGGAGUAGAAUCCUUACUUUCCUCAACAUCACAGAUCUUACUGCCAAUAAAUAAAGAUUCUGUUGCAGACCUGAAUAUUGAGAUCUUAAAUGAAUCUGGUAUUAUAAAUGAUGACUUGUACUCAAUGGAAACUUCUUAUGGAUCUGGAUUCCAUUUUGACACCCCUCCCCCUGUGAGCCUAGAGAGUGAUAUACAACCUGGUUGUAUUGAGGGAAAUCUUACUGACAGGACAACAGGAACAAUCAGCUCAGCUGAUUCUAACUCUAUGGAUUCAAAAUCUGUGGAAUUGUCUCAUGAAACUGCAGUAAGUGAAUCAUCCUCCUCCAAAGUCUUGCCAGAGGUUAGUUCCUCAGCAACGUCUGGAACAAGUUCUCAGGAAAAAAAUAAGGAUUUAAAAUCUGAGGGGAUAAGUUCAGAUGAGCAAAUGUCAUCUGGAACUUUUAGUAUUGAAGGUGGUUCCCCGAGGUUUGCUGACCUCCCACCUAAACUGAAACCUGUUGUUUGCUGGUCAGAGGUAGAUCAGGAUAUUCAAGCUGAUCCUAGGAGACGAAUGUCAGAGAAAUUAUCUCUGGAUACAAGGAGCGUUUCUAAUGCUUCAGAUUUGAGUGAUGCAGAAAUCCCCUCCUCAACACCCCGGAGUGAUCUGACCUCACCCACUCAAGAAUCAGGAAAGUUUAUAUACGGAGAUAAGGGAGAACGGUUUGCUACUGGAACAGUUGACAUUAUGACCCAGAGUAUUUACAUGUACUCUGAUGAAAACGAUACUGAGGAGGAAUGUUUUCAAGAUAAUAUGCUAGAUUCCAUCUCCCAAGCUACUGAUUAUCUAAAAUCAUCUGUGCAACAAGAAGGGGCGACAAGCUUGAAUGGAAAUUCUAUAAUUGUAAAGACAGAUAAUGUGGUUGAACCAGAACCUGAGAAGGAUAAGAACACCAAGGUGGUUUCCAGUUUAAGUGAAACAACAACCUCCACAACAAUGUUUGAUGAAAAAUAUGCAGCGGCAUUCUCAACCUCCUACUAUGAGGCACAAGAAGAGAAUACAUAUGAACAGCAGUACCAGGAAUCCUAUGAGGAACAGCUAGUUAAAACUAGUAUAUCUCAUAGUAUUAACACAGAUACUAAACCUUCCAAGGAUAUUCCAGAAAGUCCCAAACCUUCCAGCUCUGUCCAACCUGGAGACCAGGAAGCAUCCUCUAAAACCGCAGAACAGAGUUCUGAAAAAGAUCCAAUUGCUGGUUGGGGUAAACCUUUAGCUCUACCUAGUCCAGUUCGGCCAAGUACUCCUGCUAAACAAUCUAAGAAGGGAGAUGACCCAUCUUGUGACACUAACAAGGAGAGUGUUGAACCAGUUUGGAUGGAUCUAGCGUAUGUUCCCCAUCAUGGUUGUAAGAAUUACGCCAAUGUCGAGUUCUUUAAACGUGUUCGUGCACGCUACUACGUAUUCAGUGGAGUGGAACCUUCUAAAGAUGUGUUUAAUGCUCUCCUGGAAGCAAAGAAAACUUGGGAGAAUAAAGACCAAGAAGUAACAAUAAUCCCGACGUAUGACACUGAUGUACUGGGAUACUGGGUAGCGGAGAACGAGGAAACAUUGACGGAACUUAAAAUAGAUCUUGCUCCGUCCGCCAGUAGAUGCACAAUCAAUCUCCAGGAUCACGAGACAAGCUGUGCAGCGUACAGAUUAGAGUUUUAAACAAGAUGUCCAGCUGUACACGGUGUACACCGUACACUUAGCAUAUACAUCAUUGUAUAAUGCAGUACACUCAAAAUUGAUUCAUAUAUAUACAUAUAUAUUUAUUGUAAUUGUAUUCUGUACAUUAUGAAUGUAUUGUAGUGUUGAGCUGUACGAUUGCUGUUAAGUACAUAACUUUAAAGUUCAUGUACGCUUCAAACCAAUUCUUUUAGUUAAAUUAUACACUAUACAGUGUACAGUGUACACUGUAUAUUCGAAACAAUGCACUAGUUUUAAUCUAAUAUAAUCUUUAUUCAGAUAAAAAUAAGGUUCCACCAGAUUCAUUCAUUUAUAAUCUGUAAUUAUACUAUGGUUAUAUAUUCAUCUUAAAUGAAUAUAUAUAGAAUAUAUAGUUCCCAUUUCAUUUAGCCUUUUUCUCUGGUCUCUAUCCAUGAAACUCUGUAUUCCUGUAUCUUCCUAUCCGGCCUGUUUCACUGUAUCCUCCUAUCCUCUCAUGUAUCCCUGUAUCAUCCUGUCCUGUAUCCCUGUAUCUUCCUACCCUGUCCUGUAUCCCUGUAUCCUCCUACCCUGUCCUGUAUCCCUGUAUCCUCCUACCCUGCCUUGUAUUCCACCAUUGUAUCUCUGCAUCCUUUUAUCUUGCCUGUAUAAUGUAUAUUUGUACCUCUGUACCCUUCCACUUUGAGUUUUAUCUCUGUAUCCUUAUAUUC